UGUUUGUUAAACCGCACCUCAAAUAAUGUGCUAAAACAAUACUGUGCUAGUGAAUCUAACAUCAUUCAUUGAAAACAUUUACAGUUUGACAGUUUGAAAAGUGUAACACUGCAAAGAAAACAAUAAUAUAUAAUAAAUUUAAUGUUUGUGUAUGUGUAGGUAUUUACAAACAUCUGAGGACUAAUCCAAACUAAGUAAAGCAUAAAAAUUUUAACCUACUCUAGUCAAUAUGAAGUGCUACGUAAGUUUCGCGUGUUUUUUGAGUGCGUUGGUGUUCGUACAUUCAGCUCCCCUUUACCCCGCAGGGGGUAGUUUGAGUGCCUCAACAAAUCUCCAGCUAGGAGGAACCAGUUCAAACGCUAGUGGAGGGGGCAUAGGUGGUUUAACGAAUAUAUUAUCUACUAUUGAUUUGCCGGGUCUGUUGAGAGGAGUGAACAGUUUUGUUAAAUUAGUUGGAGUUUUCUGUCCACCUUUGUCACAGGUCCUGGACAAUGUAAUACAAAACGUCACUAGCACAGCCUUUAGAGUAUUUGGUUCAGCAAUCCUUCGGAGCGGCGGCCUUGGAGGUGGAAGUAGCGGGGGAGGAGGACAACGUGUCAAUGUAGUGCUUCCAACGUACCCACCAGACGAAGACGAAGACGAAAAUGACGAUACCAGCGACGAUGAUUCUUCUGACACUUUCAACGCCGAAUUAUUGGGCAGAAGCGGAGGUCAAAGCACCACUGAAGCUGAGAAGAAUUCUGAACCUCUAGUUUUAAGUAGAGGAAGUAGUUCUGAUUCCGAGACCACCACAACCUCAAAUUUAGAAGAUGCAGGCGAUUUAGACGGUGCAACUACACCAAAAAGUGAUAAUACUGACGAGACCGAUAAACCAACCACACUGUACACUUCACCUGCCAACGAGGACAGCAACUUGAUUGCUAAACGACAUGUGAGGGUGCCAAGAGAGGCGGAAGACGACCAAGACGGAGCUGAAUCGGCGCCGGAACCAGCAGAUGAUCUGUCAAACGUUGACGAUCAAGACAGGAACAAGAGAUACCUACCUUUCGGCGGUAGCGUAGAAGGCCACGCCUCAGGUGGCUCUGGAAAUUUCUUGUUUGAUAUCAUCAGGUUGGUUGCUGGUUCUGGAGCUACAGAAGAAUCAGACGAGAAAGCCAACUCCCCAGGAGGUGUAGUUGAGGUUGAUGUACAGAAAUCACACGAGGGAUACUCAGGUGAAGGAAUUCCCGGACCCAUCACCCGUCUCUUUGUCAUCGCCAAUCGCGGUAUUGCCAACUUGGUCCAAGAUUUAAUCCUGCGUUUGGCUGCCACCAGUGAAAAACUCGUCAACUUCAAGGCCCGUCUGAUCACAUCACUUAUCUAAGAAAAACGGCCAUCAUUAAUUUAAUAUAAAAUUUCCCAUGCAUCAUCCGAAAAACCAUCUUUGCCAAAAAUAGACAGCAUGGAGCCUCAUAUUGAAAAUUUAUUUAUCAAUUUUUUUGUUAAAUUUUUUAUUUAAAUUUGUAUAUAGCUGUAUUAACUUUCUAAUUUCUCUAUUUUUAACAAAUAUUUUCUUGGUUUCCUACCUUUUUGUUUGUUCACUGAUACUAGGCAAUGAAUAAACGAAAGAAAUGCUGGGAACAAACGUUGUAAUGUGCCAUAGGUGAUUUUUUUUGUUCUUGUUUGGUUAACCAAAGUGGCUAUAUAUUAUGAAGUUUGUUCCCUUAACUAUUUAUCUUUAUGCUAAGUAUUUUCUAAUUCUAUCUUAACUUCUACUAUGAUGUUUUUAGUCUACAAUAUAGUAUUUCAAUGUUUGUUCAUAAAUUCAUCCAAGUGUAAAUAACCUGAACAAUUGCUCACUUUUUGAUUUGUUUUGUAAAUAAGAAAUAUUUUUCUCCAAAAUGUAGAUAAAUUUUUCUAGACUAUUUUGUUUGUAAGUAGUGUAAAUAAUUUUUUUAAAAAGAACACGACAGGUUAAAUUUUUGUGUUAUUUUUUAUAG